GGAAUGAGUGGGGCCGGGGCCAUAUUGGUCUCGGCCCAUCCCAUCCCCUUCUCCAUAGAAAACUAGUGUGAAAAAGCCCAGAAAAUCGUUGAAUGCAGAGAAAAGGCCAAUUAUGUUGCCCAUUUCCUUUUUCUGGUCUUUCUGCUUGUCAAGUUCACACUCACUUUUUCUCUUUUUCAAUUCUUCCUACUCUCUCUAUAUAUACCCUCCCGCCCAUACCAUACCCUCCACUCCAAUCUCAUCAAUAUUAUUAUACAAUAUGGCCUAUUUCAGCUUCCUAAAUUUACCUCUAAUUAUUGCUCUAUCUCUACUACUUCUACCUCAUCAACCAUUCGCCUCCAGCCGCGCCCUUCUCUUUCCACCCAACGACGACGAUUACGCCCCUCCGCAACCGGUUGGCAUAUGCUCCGCCGCCGUCACCAUACAUGGUUACAAAUGCCAAGAAUUCCAAGUGACGACUGACGACGGCUACAUAUUGAGCGUGCAAAGAAUUCCGGGGGGCAGGGGCGGAGGCGGAGGUGGGCUUGCCACGUCAAUAUGGGUUUGAUUUGUCCGAAUGCUUAAUAAUGCAUGUGUUGGGUGGUGGAUACAAGCGAGAACAGACGACUACUGAGGACGGAAUGACGUGGCUGCUAAACUCUCCAGAAGAAUCUCUGGCAAUGAUAUUGGCUGAUAAUGGAUUCGAUGUGUGGAUUUCCAACAUCAGAGGAACUCGGUUUAGCCGUGGUCAUGUCACCCUCGAUGCUGCCAGCCCUGAAUAUUGGAAUUGGACAUGGGACGAUCUGGUGAUCCAUGACUUACCAUCCUUCAUCGACUUAGUUUUCAGACAAACGGGCCAGAAAAUUCACUACGUGGGCCAUUCUAUGGGUACUCUAAUAGCAUUAGCAUCAUUCUCGGAAGGAAAACAAGUGGAGAAGGUCAGAUCGGCUGCGUUAUUAAGCCCAAUAGCCUACCUCAGUCACAUGACUACUGCUCUUGGAGUUGUCGCUGCCAAAUCCUUUGUUGGUGAAAUCACUACAAUCUUUGGUCUUGCAGAGUUCAAUCCUAAAGGGGAGCCAGUCGCCAACUUUCUCAAAGCUUUGUGUCUUAAUUCUGGGAUUGACUGUUAUGAUUUGCUAACUGCACUUACUGGAAAGAACUGCUGUCUGAAUGCAUCCACGGUGGAGAUUUUCCUCAAGAACGAACCUCAAUCCACCUCAACCAAGAACCUUGUCCAUUUGGCUCAAACUGUAAGAGAUGGAGUCCUGUCUAAAUACGACUACGGCAAUCCAAACUUCAAUGUGGAGCACUACGGUGAAUCGAAGCCUCCCAUUUACGACUUAUCCAGAAUUCCGCACGAUCUUCCUCUCUUCCUGAGCUAUGGUGGACAAGACGCUCUGUCGGAUGUUAAGGAUGUGGCCACAUUGCUUCAGUACAUCAAGGAUUACGCUCAUGCCGACUUCAUUAUGGGCGUGACGGCCAAGGACAUCGUCUACAAUCACAUUGUGUCAUUUUUCAGAAACCACUGAAACUUUGAAACCUUCGUCUUGGUUUCACCAGCUGCGUUUUGGCAGUCGGCAAUUAAUUACCCAAUAUCUUGUGAAUAAAUCAUUCACAUUAGAGGUCUUGGAUUAGCGUAUUAUAUGUAUACUACAAUUAUCAUUAAUGAAAUCAAAUGUGAGACUCUAAAUCAACUCAACAAAACAAAACUUGAAAGCUUUAACUGUA